UGCUCCUACGAAUAUCCUUGAUGAAUUGAAGAGGCAUCAAACUGUUUAUUCAUUACAUGACGUUGCGUAACAACGACGGGCAGUUAAUAUCGAUAUGUAUAGCAAACAUUGCGGAAUUAUUCACAGAACUACAAUUAUUUAUAAAUAUGAAUGUGUUGACGGUUUCGCGUAUUGAACGUUUGGUGGUGAACGAUCGAAGUGCUUUCAUCAACCGCGGUCGCGGAUUUUUAACAGUUAAAGACGACAACGAAAGCUACCAGCCGAAAAUGGGCCUGAUAAUGAGCUUAUUGGGAUAUAGAAACACUGGAAGAACUGACGAUCCAGACCCGCAGCUAGGACUCACCUCUAGGGACAAAUAUCUUCUGAAAAAUUCAUGGGAAACGGUAAUGAAAGACUCGACUGGAAAUGGGGUUAAAUUUUUCAUGAGGUUAUUCGAAAUCCAACCGAAGUAUCACCAAGCCUUUCCCUUCAGGAACAUUUCCAGGAACGACUUACCAAGUAACAAGAAAUUUCAGGCGCACUGUAAUUCUGUCAUGUACAGCAUUGGUUCACUGAUAGGUGUAAUGGAAGAUUCUGCAGUAUUCUCAAGUUUAGCUGAGAGAAUAGGAAUUGCGCAUGCUUCGAGAGGUGUAGAUAUCGAUGCUCUGAAGGACGUCAAAACGGCCCUAGUUGACACCUUAUCUUUCAUGCAACAGGAAGAAUUGGAGGCCUGGAACAAAUUCCUAGAUGUGAUGAUAAGAGAACUUUACAAACCUAUUAAAGAAUGCGGAGAAGAGAAACAGAUAUAAUAUUGUGGAUUUAACGCCUGCUUGUUCACAAUUUUGAAACGAGGGUGAUUCAGCUGUAUAUCCUGGAGCUGGGACUAUCUUUUUGUUAAUUAGUUAUAAUGGCAAUAAGUGUUGAAAGACGAAAGAAAUGACUACAUUUUCCAAUUAAUUUACUUCCCGAAAUAUUCUGUAUCAACUCUGACAUGAUAACUACAAUUUUAAUGUUUUCUUUGACUAUGUUUCGUAAAACAUAAGGAGAAAUAUUAUACUCACUUUUUGAGUCUGAAAUCAAUGUUCGUCAUAUGUUUUCAAAAUAUACUAUUUUUCAUCUA